AUGGGAACAUCGCAACCAAUUCUUGACAUUGGCUCUGCCUCCUCUUCGCCAAAGAGAACGACGGUCCACCUUCUCCCUUGCAAAAUCCAUCAUACCGGGCCAGUCGAACCAACACAGUCCUUCUGGGACCCACAAACAUCAACAUCAUCAACAGGCAUCAAAGAAGCCUAUUUCCGCGGCCGCAAGCUAAGAGGCAAGCCCGUCGCAUUGCCAGAAGGAUACAAAGGUGUUGUUGCCAUCUCAUCAUUACCAGAUCAGAACGGAAAGGCAGAUGUGAUAGAUCUCGAGAAAGAUAGCCACGGGAAACUGGAGGUGCAAGCUGAGUUUGACGAGGUAGUGGUCUGGGGUCAUGAAAGCUUAGCUGACGCAGCCGCGGAUGGGUAUGUAAGGAGUCUGGAGGAGUGGGUGGGUGUCGCCGCGGCGAUUCAUUCUCUUGAUAAUGGGGAUAGUAAGUAG